AUGACGCAAGCAUCUCAGAUCCAGACCAGCCAAACCGAUGUUCUCAUCGUCGGCGCUGGGCCAGCCGGCCUAAUGUUGGCCAACUGGUUGAGUCGCUGCGGCGUCAAGACUCGCAUUGUAGACAAACGCGGUACCAAGAUUUUCAACGGCCAAGCAGACGGCCUACAAUGCCGUACUCUCGAAAUUUUCGACUCCUUCGACUUCGCUCACCGCGCCUGGCGAGAAUCAAAUCACAUGCUCGAAAUUUGCUUCUGGAAUCCAGACGAGAGCGGCACAAUUCGACGUUCAGGUCGAAUCCCGGAUACUAUACCCGGUAUUAGUCGGUUUCAGCAGGUUGUGUUACACCAAGGACGUAUUGAGCGGUUUUUCCUUGAUUCGAUCAAGGAACAUAGCGAUAUCACGGUUGAACGUGGAGUGUUACCUACGUCCUUUGACUUUGAUGUUAGUAAAGCAGGGGAUUUUGAUGACUAUCCUAUAACGGUCACGCUACAAGCUUUGUCUGAGAAGGAAGCCACGCCGCAACAGCGGAAUCAGCAUCAAAAGUCCGCUGACGGGGAGCAGACAACCGUCAGUGAUGGUUUGUUUCGAAGUAACCUAGCGCCAGAUGACACGGAUGAUCUGAUUAAUGCAGCAAAAUCUAACAAUGGCGACGGCCAUCACAUAGAAACGGUCAAGGCAAAAUUCAUGGUCGGUUGCGACGGUGCACACUCAUGGGUGCGACGUCAACUUGGCUUCAGCCUACAAGGUGACUCAACUGACUAUGUAUGGGGUGUGCUGGACAUAAUCCCCAUAACCGACUUCCCAGAUAUCCGGCAACGAUGCGCAAUUCAUUCUUCAAGCUCAGGUAGCGUCAUGAUUAUCCCUCGCGAGAAUAAGCUAGUUCGACUCUAUAUCCAGCUGCAGGCAACGGAAUAUAUGCAGAGCAAAGGAAAGGUUGAUCGGUCCUGGAUUACACCUGAUAUUAUUCUGCAAUCUGCGCAAAAAAUUAUGCAUCCAUAUAAGCUGGAUUAUUCGUACUGCGACUGGUGGACGGCGUAUCAGAUUGGGCAGCGGGUAGGCGACAACUUCUCGCUGAAUGAGCGUGUAUUUUUGGCUGGUGAUGCGGUACACACGCACUCUCCAAAGGCUGGACAGGGAAUGAAUGUCAGCAUGCAAGAUACCUAUAACCUAGGUUGGAAACUCGCCCACGUAGUCAAAGGAUACAGUGAUGCAUCGAUUUUGAAGACAUACCAAUCAGAAAGAAGACGAAUUGCGCAGGAUCUCAUAGAAUUUGACCAUCGCUUCUCACGGCUUUUCUCUGGUCGUCCGGCCAAGGAUGUCAUGGAUGAGGAAGGUGUCAGCAUGGAAGAAUUCAAGUCGGCAUUUGAGAAGGGGAAUGAGUUUGCUAGCGGUAUCGCGGUGAACUACGGCGCAAGUGUGAUCGUUGCAAAGGACGGAGACGCACUAGAGCAAGGAGACGGCACAGACGUAAUAGGAAAUCAUCUUCUUCGCAGCGCUAGCAAGCCCCAACUAGCAAAAGGUAUCGACAUCGGAAAGCGUAUGCCAAGUUUCAAAGUCCUCAAUCAGUCCGAUGCACGGCCAUGGCAUCUACAAGAGCUACUCAAGAGCAACGGUCGCUGGCGCCUGAUAGUCUUCCCCGGCAAUCUCACACUUCCCGAAAACAUGCAACGUAUGCAGAAACUAGGAGACAAACUUGGAGCCUCGGACUCUUUCCUUCGCAGUUACACACCCUCGAGCCAACCAAUCGACAGCGUGAUUGAAGUGCUGACCGUUCAUGCGGGACCGCGAACAAGCUUGGAAUUACUUGAUUUGCCAGAGGCGUUUCAUCCAUAUGAUAGUAAGGAAGGUUGGGAUUAUUGGAAAGUGUUUGUUGAUGAUCAAUCAUAUCAUGAGGGACAUGGUCGGGCAUACGUCAACUAUGGCAUAGAUCCGAGUUGUGGUGCCAGUGUGAUUAUCCGGCCAGAUCAGUAUGUGAGUUGGGUGGGAGAUAUGGAUGACUAUGAUGAGAUGGCAAAGUUUUUCUCUGGAUUUAUGAAGAUUCAGGUUCCUGGCGCUGCGUAG